AUGUUAUUUUAUAUUCUGGGACUGAUCUCAUUCUCUGCCUAUACCACAGCCCUAUUGUCGGGCGGCUCAGGCCAUUACACUCAGAACGGAAAUUGCUCAUCAUCUGUCAUAUCAUCCCCGACUUUGCCAGAAGCUGAAAUCCUCAGUCUCUCUGCAGCACCAGUAACAAACUAUGUUGGUGAUAAUUUCUCAAUUGACUUCUGCAAUGUGACCAUCUCUUACACCCAUCCGGGCUGGAACGACACGAUCCAUGUCACCAUCUGGCUUCCCUUGCAGAAUUGGAAUGGACGGCUCCAAGGCUCAGGAGGAGGGCGCUAUGCCACGAGACCCAUUGAUUCAAUUCUUGCAGCAGCAGUGGCGGCUAAUUAUUCUGUCGUGGCAACUGAUGGCGGCCAUAGGGUCAACAAUACAAAUGCGGAGUCGUGGUUCCAUGAAUCUCGGAGUUCUAAAUCGUGGUCACUCAAUGCCUUGAACGAAGUGAACCUCUAUCUCUUACAGGAUUUCGCUUCAGUGGCAUUAAACGACGCAUCAGUUGUAGGCAAGCAGGUCACACACAGCUUCUACGGCCAACCCGCUCACCACUCAUACUGGAACGGAUGUGGCACCGGUGGGAGACAGGGGCUAAUGCUCGCUCAGCGAUACCCCGAUGCGUUUGAUGGGAUCGUAGCUGCUGCCCCAGCCAUCAACUGGCCAAGUUUUACUGUCGGGUUGUUCUGGCCGCAAUUCGUCAUGAACCAGCUGAGCAGGUUCCCUCCGCAGUGUGUCAUGGAUACAAUUACCACUGCAGCUGUUGAUGCGUGUGAUGAUCUCGACGGUGUGGUUGACGGGGUCAUUGGCGCUGCUGAUCUAUGCCAAUUCGACCCUGCAUCUCUGGUCGGCCAAUCUGUGAACUGCAAUGGUGUGCCAAUUGAAAUUACUGAGGAAGAUACUACCAUCGUUCAGAAGAUAUGGGAGGGUCCCAGAUCUGUUAACGGCUCUUUCCUCUGGCAUGGUUUUGAGCCCGGCACUAAUCUCUCAGGGGUGGCCAAUACAUCUUGCAGUGCUUCAGCGUCCGACUGCACAGGUGUCCCGUCUGCCAUGGCUUUAGAUUGGAUUAACCUCUUCGUCGAGCAAAAUCCAUCCAGAGACCUCACAAAUUUGAGCCAUGUAGACCUUGAUAAUAUCUUCUAUCGAUCCAACCAGAAAUAUUCAUCAAUAAUAGCAACAGAUGACCCCGAUCUAUCUGCUUUCAAGAACGCAGGAGGGAAAAUGAUCUCUUGGCAUGGGCUUAUUGAUGCUGGGAUCCCGCCAAAGGGAACUCGACAAUACUAUCGACGCGUUGAAGCGCUGGAUACUGCGGUGAGAGACUUUUAUCGACACUUUGAGGCUCCGGGAGUGGGGAUUUAUUCCUGUUAUAGCGGGAGUGGGCCUGCUCCUACUGAUGAUUUAGAUACAGUAGUGGAGUGGGUUGAGAACGGUGUUGUGCCGGAGACUUUAAUGGCAAAAACAACAGACUUGAGCAGGGAGAGAAAUCUUUGUCCAUGGCCGCUUGUGUCCGUGUACCAGGGAGGAGAUGAAAAGGUUGCGUCGUCAUAUGCUUGUAGGGAGAGCUUUGCCUGA